AUGAAUGAAAAUAUUGUUUUAGAACCUCUGCUUUCAUCAAAUCAAGAAGUAAUUAUAUAUUUAUUUAUUUAUCAUCCAUUACUAUUUCUCUUCCUAUGGUCUUAUUAUCAAACAAUAUUUAAACCUUUAGUCGGGCCACCUAGUGAUUUCUAUGUUGGUGAAGCAGAAGGUGAACGUAUAGCAACAGCACAAACAUUAGACGAACGACGUACGUCUCUGCUUCGUUUUUGUCGUCGAGGAGAUUUACCCGUAUUAACUCGACAUUUUGAUGGAAGUAUUCGUUACUGCUUUUUAUGUCGAUGCAUAAAACCCGAUCGAGCUCAUCAUUGUUCUUUAUGUGGAAAAUGUGUUCUUCGAUAUGAUCAUCAUUGUCCAUGGACAAAUAGUUGUGUUUCCUAUGCAAAUUAUAAAUUUUUUAUUUUAUUUCUUGGUUGGGCUUUAGUAUUUUGUACUUAUGUUGCAGCAACAUCAUUAGAAUAUUUCAUUCUUUUUUGGCAGGGGAUUGCUAAUGCUCAUAUGGAUGUGAAUAAUUCAGCAUCACCAGGUGGAAAAUUUCAUUUACUUUUUCUCUUUUUUGCGUCAAUUAUGUUUGCUAUUAGUGUAUCAUCAUUAUUUUUUUAUCAUUUAUUUUUAACUGGAAAAAAUCGAACUACACUUGAAUCAUUCCGAGCACCAAUAUUUUCUGAUGGACCACAGAAAGAUGGAUUCAAUAUAGGUUGCAAACAAAAUUUUCAAGAAAUAUUUGGAAAAAAAAUUCUAACUGCAAUUAUACCAAUAUGGACAACUCGAGGUGAUGGAGUUCAUUAUCAAGUGAAUAGUUUAUUACUUGGUGCUUUGCAACUACAACAACAACAAUUUGGUAAUAUAAGUAAUGAUGUAGCUUUGCCACUAGACACAACAUCGAAUUCUGUGAACAAUGAUCGUAAUUAUCUGUUGAGUGAAAAUAACAACAACAGAUAA